CUGAAAUAUAUUUAAAAUUGUAACAUAUAAGUUAUAGCCUAUUUUGUAAGAAGGGAUGAGCCAUAAUUAUAUGUCUUCAUAUUGUAGAAUUGGCUUUAAUGUGGUAUUAACUUCUCCAUCUAUGCCUCUCCCUUCUAACUGCCAAGGCCCUAUCUUAUCUUUACACACACGCCGUGUCACGGGGUUACUUUUAAACCACUGUUGUAGCCUACUGUAUUGUAAAGUUAUAUUGCGCUCACAUUACAGUUAACCUACUGACUUAUUCUACUGUCGGACAAAUAAUACGGAACACGUGUGAUCUGUUAACUGGAAAAUAAGACCAUCUCCACUGCCAAACUCGGGGUCAACCGGCUUGUCAAGAUGCUGAAAGCCCUCGGACAAGUUUUAUUUACGGGACUGCAGGUCCCUAAAUACACGACAGCGGAAAGUAAGGGUAAGGACUACGAGAUCCGCACCUAUGAGGCCGCUACGUGGGUGAGUGUCACUCUUAAGGGAACGCAGGGGGACGCCGUGAUGAAGGAGGGAUUCGGCAAACUCUUCAAGUACAUCCAGGGGGAGAACGACAAGAAGGUGAAGGUGGACAUGACUGCUCCGGUGACUUGCCGUAUAGAACCGGGCGCUGGUCCGGCGAGUGAGAGCAGCUUCACCGUCUCGUUCUUCAUCCCCCAGGAGCACCAGGCCGACCCGCCUACACCCAGCAGCCCAGGCGCGGGUCAUUGA